AUGGAGAGUCUGAGCAACAGCCUGAGGAAGAAAGCCACAGAGCAGCACUACAGGGCAGAGGUGAUGAUUGCCGGAGAGCAGCUGAGGCUUCGCCUCCAUGAUGGGAAGCUCAUUAAGGACAGACGUUACCACCUCCGAACAUACCCCAACUGCUUUGUGGCGAAGGAGCUCACGGACUGGCUGAUCGACCACAAAGAAGCACCGGACCGAGAGACGGGCAUCCGCCUCAUGCAGAAGCUGAUGGACCAUUACAUCAUCCAUCACGUCUGCGAUGAGCACUCGGACUACAAGGAUGCCAAGCUGCUGUACCGCUUCCGCAAGGAUGACGGGACCUUCCCUCUCAGCAAGGAUGUGAAGGUGUUCAUGAGAGGGCAGAGUCUUUAUGAGAAGCUGGUGAGCGUGGAGGAGUCAAUUCUGAAGGUGAGAGAGGAGAACUCUGUGAAGUACCAGAGGACUUUCCUGGGCUGCGAGAUGAUUGACUGGCUCGUUCAGGAGGGAGAAGCAGAGAACCGAAAGGAAGCGGUGGAGCUGGGACGGGCGCUGCUGGAGCACGGGAUCAUUCAGCAUGUCUCCAAUAGGCAUCACUUCUUUGACAGUGACAUCGUCUACCAAUUCUGGAUCAACUUUCGACGGAGGCGGCGUCUCACAGAGUUACUCAACGAGAAUUCUUCUCGCACCCUUUCUGAGAGCCCAGAUAGCCCCUUCUGUCUUCGCAAGCUCAACCCGGACCCAGGCAACACCAGCUUUCUCUCUGUCCAGACCAACAAGGAGAUCAAAAUUGUCUCAGCAGUUCGAAGGAGCAGCAUCACUUCCCUCGCUGGAAACUCCAGCCCCUACUUCAGCACUACUCCUACGUUGGUAUUCCCUCCUGUGGCUGAGUGCAACCCCAAAUCAGUGUUAAAGAGACCCGUCACCAACGAAGAGCUCCUGUCCCCUGGGGCCCCUUACAUCAAGAAAAGCCUGACUAUUGUGGGGGAUGCGGUGGGCUGGGGGUUUGUGGUUCGAGGAGGAAGACCUUGCCACAUCCAGGCAGUGGACCCAGGAGGACCCGCUGCUGCUGCAGGGAUGAAGGUGUGCCAGUUUGUUUUCUCAGUGAAUGGUAUGUACGUUUUGCAUCUGGACUAUCAGACCAUCAGCAGCCUCAUCAUGACAGGACCACGCACUCUCGUGAUGGAAGUCAUGGAAGCCAUUGAAUGAGCGAAGGGGUCUCAUCCCACCGCUGUUUGGAAAGGCAGGACACUCCACUAAGCAAGGAUGGACUGUGGGCAGGGAC